GAUACACACAGGAGAGAAACCAUAUGAAUGCACAGAGUGGAAAGAGCUUCAGUCAGAACAGUGUCCUUUUUUGCCAUAAAAGGAUACACACAGGAGAGAAACCAUAUGAAUGCACAGAGUGUGGAAAGAGCUUCAGUCAGAACAGUGUCCUUUUUUGCCAUAAAAGGAUACACACAGGAGAGAAACCAUAUGAAUGCACAGAGUGUGGAAAGAGCUUCAGUCAGAACAGUGUCCUUUUUUGCCAUAAAAGGAUACACACAGGAGAGAAACCAUAUGAAUGCACAGAGUGUGGAAAGAGCUUCAGUCAGAACAGUGUCCUUUUUUGCCAUAAAAGGAUACACACAGGAGAGAAACCAUAUGAAUGCACAGAGUGUGGAAAGAGCUUCAGUCAGAACAGUGUCCUUUUUUGCCAUAAAAGGAUACACACAGGAGAGAAACCAUAUGAAUGCACAGAGUGUGGAAAGAGCUUCAGUCAGAACAGUCACCUUAUCAAACAUAAAAGAAUUCACAGAGGGGAGAAGCCCUGUAAGUGCACAGAAUGUGGAAAGAGCUUCAGUGAGAAGAGCCACCUUAUGAGACAUAAACGAAUUCACACAGGAGAGAAAUCAUAAUACCUGGAAAAAUAAUAAAAAUAUGAGAACUGUAGAUUUAGGGUCAGUUGGAAGAGUGUCUUUAUAAGACAAAAUGGAAUUAUAAAUGCUUGGAGUGGGAGAAAGUUUGAAUAUCAUCAGUGGACUUCUUUUUCAAGAAAACAGGAAAAAAACCCACAUGAAUAUGUGAGUUUGCAUUAGCUACAUGGAUCCUAAAUAAGUGUAGUAUGCAAAUAUACUAUUGAACAUCAACCAAUGGAUCAAACAAUAAUAGGACUGCAAUCUUACCAAACUCUUUAAAUGAGUGGAAUGUAGAAAAGGUAGUGAUGGCUGAAACUUCUUCAAAAUGACCCUGACAAAGCAUAGGCUCCUUUUGUUGCGUGAAAAGGAAUCAUAAUCAGUGCAAAAUAAUAUUUCUGAUUUGUUCAUCUAACAAGUAAAGCUGUAUUUUGAGUAGACUU